UGUAGUGCUGCACUCUGAUGAUUGUAUUAGAAACUUAUAUUUUAAUCGUCCGUUCGCUAGAAUCGGCAAGUACGUAUUUUUAUGAAAUUGUACCGCAGAAGAAAGCAUGAAGAAGAAUAUUAGUCUUUCCUGUAUAGUAGUUCAUCUGUGCUUGUCUGUGUCCGAGCGACGACCCCUUUUUGCUUGAGGCAGGGAAAUCCGUACAUCAUGGUCUUAAUUUGGUUACUCCCGGGUUAGUUCCAGGCAAAGAAUAACAACUCCCAUGUUACUACUCCUCUAUAUCGUCAUUCUCCCUCCACCUGUUCCUCUGGUAGAGCGCCAGAAAAUGUUUGUGGUACCGAAAAGUUUAAAGAAGAUAUUUUAUUCAGUGUUGUGAAUAUUACCAAUCACUGGCAGCGAGAAUGUUUUAGUUAGAACACAAAUUUGAACAAUAUUCGUAGCGUCAUUUUAAAUUUUGAUAGUAAGGUUUGGUUCUUUUAAAACUGUUUCGGACCGCCCAAAAUCGCAGGUGUCAAAAUAUAGAAUUCAUUGGGAACACGACAUGUCUUCCAGGUUUCAUUGACUAAAUAUAUUUUCGGGCACAUGCAAUUGAGGCGAAGACAUUGAGGUUGUUUGUCAAGAUGCGUUUAAAUUUCUAAAAUUGAAAGAGAAUAUUAGCAAUGGGAAAAAAGAGAACAUCAAAAGCAAAAAGGAAAGUAGGAGCAAUUAAGAUCAAAAAAAUAAAAAAGUUAAAGGAACCCGACAAAAAAAAAGAUAGUGCCUCCAAUUUCUUCUGGGCUGUAAAAGUACUUAAGAAGGUUGCUAACAAGCCAAUAGAAGUUAGCCCCCAAAAUCUCCGAGAAGUGUUGUCCAAAUGUCCCCAUGCAGUGGCAACGUGGGCAGGGAAAAGUGCCAUCCUCAAUGCGGUUCAGUUGAUGCGGGAUGACCUUCUGUACGUUCUGAUUGAAGCUGGUGCCAUCAUUCAACCUCCUGGCACACAGGUGUGUGAAAAUGACAUUCCUGAAGAUGGAGAUGAUGUGAAUUCAGAGGCUAAGGCACUGGUCCAUUCAGUGGUGACGGAUGCCAGCGUUUGUGCUUUCCUCUCCAAAUGUGCUGAUUUCCCACACAACAAGCUGAAUGAUCUUCUGCGAGAAGCAGAUUCUGCCGACGCAGUGAAAGCAUUGCUGACGGUUGGAGCGCAACCCAACUAUUUUGGCAGCUAUGGCUGUACUGCAAUACAUGAAGCAGCUUAUAGCGGCAGGCCUGUGUGUCUGUUCACCCUCCUGCAGCGAGGUGGAAUAAGUUUCACGCGCUCUGCAGAAGGGCGGACAGCUCUUCAUGCUGCUGCGAUUGGCGGGAACAUAGCCUGCGUUAAGGUUCUCAUCACGGCUGGUGUGAGCAUGAGGGCUAUCGAUUACUGUGCCAUGACAGCCCUCCAUUUUGCUGCUGGGAGCUCUCGGAGCGCAGGGUGUGUUCCUCUUCUUGUGGCAGCUGGUGCAAAUGUGAAUGCAAAGGACAAGUUUGACAUGACUCCUUUACACUACGCUGCGGCCUAUGGCACUGCAGAAACAGUGAAACUUCUGCUCGAGGAAGGAGCUGAUAGAGAAGCCUUGGACCAGUGGCACCGAACACCAGGUCAUACAGUGUACAGCGAGUGUGACACUCGCGAGCGCAAGGAAGCAAGGGCUCCCAUUUACUGGCUGCUAAAUCCAGAAGGCGGUGGUGAUGAGCAGACAUGGGACAACAUAGAAGAAGAUUAUCUAUGGGAUGUAGAGCCUCCCUUGCCUACUUCACAGCAGUGUCAACAGGAUGUGAACGUCUUGAGACAGUUGGCAUGUUUUGGAGAUGUUACAUUAAAGGAGAUCAAGAUUGUACUGAAUCGAAGUCCUCCCCUGGUGUUUUCAUACUCUGCGUGCAAAGCCCUCCAGACAUGUGCAGAGAUGGGCAGGCUGGAAAUAAUAAACGCUUUCUUGAAGAAAGGUGCCAGCCCCCACAUUCGAGAGUGUGACUUCUGCUCAGAUGAAGUUUUUGAGCCAUUUGUUGAUCCGGGCUACUUAACAAGCAGUUGCAACGAUUGGCCCCUUAUCCACAUUGCGGCAGCUGCGGGACAAGUGCAGACUGUUGAUACGUUACUUGCCGCCAAGGCCUCCAAGAAGCGAGUAUGGGUACCAGAGUAUGCAGACCCCUUUGGCCCUUUAGAAGCUGCCGCAGCAAAUGGCCACCUGGCAAUGGUGAAGUACCUGCUUUAUUCUGGCUGCGUGACAGAUCGCGAGCAGGUGGAUGGUGCCCUUCGGUUGGCAGUGACACCGAAAGGUUGGCAGGCUGGCUGCAAGAACUGGGUGGAGGAGACGCAAGUGAGGAUCGCACGGACUCUGUUGGAUGCUGGGGCGGAUCCAAACGCUCGAGACUUGUUUGGUAGGCUCAACUUAAACCUUAGUUACGAUCGUUGGGUGUUGGCUCUUCUGAUUCGUGUCUGGUCAGAUGAAACUAGGGCUAGCCAUUCACCAGUUCAUGGAGCUGCUUAUUGCGGCUGGUCAAAGUGCUUAUCUUUGCUUAUUAGAAGAGGAAGUAAAGUGCUGGCAGAAACACAGAAUGGGAAAACCGCACUCCAUAUUGCUGCUUGCGGCAGACACAUAGUUUGCAUCUCUCUUUUGAUAAAAGCAAGAGCCAACGUCUCCUCUAAGGAUUGUCUUGGCCAGACUCCUCUUCAUUAUGUGGCAGAGGGGUUGAUGCAGAGUGAUUGGGCUCAAACCCAGUGUUCAGAGGAUGACGGCGCAGAGAUUGUGAAAGCUCUGGUGGAUGCUGGUGCAGAUGUAAAUUGUCAUGACAAAAAUGGAGUAACAGCGUUGCACCUUGCUGCCAAAUCAGGCAGCUUUGCUGUAGUUGAAGCGUUGUUGAAUGCUGGUGCUUUAAUCAAUGCCAAGGACAGGAACAGCAGAACCCCACUGCACUAUGCUGCAGAUGCAGGAGCAGAUCGCGUAGUGGACAAACUUAUCAAAUCAGGUGCUGACACAAACGCCAAAGAUCACAGUGGGUGCAUUCCACAUGACCAUCCUAAAACGAAUUCCGCAUCAUUAGAGAGAUCUGAUGCAGAGAGAGAGCUUGAAAAUGAAGAUUCAGAAGAGUCGGAGCGAAGUUGGUGUGGUAUUUGUAGUGGCGAUGAGUGGGUAGAAGUGGAAAGCAGUGGAGACGAUUCAGAUGAUUGGGAACUGGAAUGUUAUCGGUGGGUGAAGGAGUUGUGCAAACGUUCUAGUGAUAAGGAAGACAGAGAGGAAAUUGUGGAAAGUCAGUUGAAGCAAAAUACAGAAUGCAAGCCAAAUGAAGCCAAGAAAUCAGAACAAGACAUUUUACUGAAGUCAUUGCGGGAGGUGGAAACUGAAUCAGAAGAUGAAGAAUCAGAUGAUGACUGUGCAUUGGAUGAAGGUGAAGAGGUUGAUGAGUUCACGAAGGCGAUGAAGAAUCGAGAGAAAAUCAGUAAGUUAAGUAUUAAGUUGCGACUUCGUGGUUAUGUUGACUCCGAUGCAGAAUUUGAAAGUCGGCCUGAUGAAGACGCAAAGCAUACUUACCUACCUCCAGGUGCUGUUUCAGAUCCAAAUGCUCUGUGGUACAAUAAGCAAUGGAUCAAAGAAAAUGAAGUCUGUAAUGACAAUGCUAGUCAGAAGCCUAGUGAGGUGGUGUCAAAGAGUGAAGCUGACUGCCAAACAGAAGGCAAGGUUGAUUCAAGACUGAAAGAUUCACUUCUAAGCGAGACUGAUCACAGCAGAAAAGUGAAGAGAGAGGCUGAGGGCAAAAAAGAAUGUGAGAAAGGGCAGAGUAAUUCUGUUCAGGACACCCAAGAGGCACCAGUUAAUCAGGAAAGGGAUAGCCAAAGAGAUAAAAGAAUGAAAGAUGAACAUGAGUUCACAAAGGAGUUAAGAAUAAAGGUGGAGUUGGAUGAUGAUGACGACGACGACGAUGAUGAGGAGGAUGAUGAUGAUGAUGAUGACGACGAUGAUGAUGAACAGGACAUUCCCUAUGUUUCUGGUGCUUGGACUGUACCUCAGCAAAGUGAGAAAGUUGGAAAUGAAGAAAACGACAUGUGGGAUAGAAGAGAUAGCAAAUGGAGGAAAGGUGAGGGUUCCUCUGGCACCCUCGGAUUCCGAGUAGAAAGCAAUGCGGCUUGUUGGCGAGCAGAAAGCACUAGCAGCAGCAACCUCCUUGGAAGAGAAGAGGAGGUGGAGAAAGGGGAGAGGAGGAGAGGUGGUGUGUGGCUCAGAUUGGGGAAAAGAUCUACAGAUGGUGACAGCGACAGCCCUCACAACAGCAUAGUUGUGACCAGGGUUCUAAGUGAAAAUGAUGAAAGAACUUUGAGAUAUGUCGAAGAAAACAGUCUGGAAGAAUGGGAGACAAAAAGAAAGCAAGAAGGAAAAUACAAGAGGCAAAUGUACAGCCAGCAAAGAAGAUUUGCAGGGGAAAGCAAAAAUUGGGAAAGAUGUGAGGCUUAUGAACCAGAUUCGCCAGGCUUAGAAGAAGGAUACAGUCGCAGACUUCAGAAUGAAGUGGUAUCCACGCAUCAGCUGGAUGAAAGUUUUAGCUUAACUGAACGUUGGGUGAGUGUGUGUUCUGAAUCUAGUGAGCGAAUAGUGUAUGUACAAGACCCUAGGGAGAGCAUCAAAACGAGAGAUGAGCAGAACACAUCUGGUGACUUGCGUAAUUGGUGCGAAAGACCACUUGACCCGACGGAGAGCGGUGGGUGUGACGAGGGUAGUUUGGAGGAAUUGCAAUCUGGAAUCAGAAGCAACUUGUUUGAAGUGCAAGAGAGUGGCCGGGGAAGAGAGAGGCAUUGUAGUGGUAAGGGAUACGAAAGAGAGGCUUUCGAGAAGCAUGGUGAAGAGAGACGUUUGUUUGGUGUCAAGGCAGAAAGAGGGCAUAGAUUCAGGGGUGCCCAGGCCAAACAAGAGGAAAAUGACUGGAAAACAAAAAAAGUGCAGAACGUAUUUAGACCCUGUGCAGAAGAAGAUGCAAUAGAGAAACUCUAUGGUUGGGAAGAACAAAUCAGCCAUACAAGCAUAAGGGCACAAGAUGAUCAUAAAGGGUCUCGUCAAAAUGAAGGACUUAGCAGGAACUGUAGCUAUAGAAGUUAUAAUCAGGGGCGAGAUAACAGCUCUACAGCAAGUUAUGAUUGGGAAAGACAAGAUCUAUUGGAUAUACAGGAAAGGAAAAAGAGAUAUGGGUCUCAUGAGAGAGUAAGUUUUGAAUGCGGAACACACAGAGAUUUUGGAGAAAGAUGCAAUGAAUUCGAGAGGUUAAGUGAUGAAACAGGAAAUAAAAGUAGGUCUCAUGAGAGAGUGAGUUUUGAACACGGAAGACAAAGAGGUUUUAGAGAAAGACACAAUGAAUUCGAGAGGGUAAGUGAUGAAAGAGGAAACAAAAGUGGAUCUCGUGAGAAAGAGAGUUCUGAAUACCAAACACAAAGAGGUUUUGGAGAAAGACAAAAUCAGUUUAAGAGGAUAAAAGAUGAUAGAGGUAACAAAACUUUUGAAUAUGACGAUCGGCUCAGAAAAGAGCUACCUGAUUAUCAUACAAGGUUGGAUGCACACAAAAAUGAAGCAUCUUGCAGUACUUCCAGAAUAUAUGAAGAUGAAGUUCGCAUGCGCAGAAAGUUGGGUGUUAGAGGGCAAGAUGGAUAUUGUUACCAAGCUGGAUCGAAUGAAGAGGAAUAUGAAAGACCUCACAUUGGAUAUAGGUUGUCUGAACCGGAUCGCAUGAGACCACACAGUCAAUAUAGUGAACAAGAACAAAAUGUGUUGCACAGAUAUGGUGAGCCAGUGAACCAAGAUAGGAUACAAGGUCAAUUGAGGAAUGCAGGAGAAAAUGAUCCUUGUAAAUUAUUAUUGAUCCAGGAACAUCACCGCUCCAGGGAACAAAUAUGUGAAAAAACUCUCAGUCCAUAUGACAGAAUUGGAAGACAGGAACAUGAUUGGUCGAUGGAGCGUGCACGUAAUAUUGUUGGUAGCCAACAUAGUGAAAACUGGGAGAAGAAUAGUCAGGAUAGGUUGAAGGAACAUGAAUAUAGGAAUUUACAAAGUCCCAGAAGCAGAUAUGAUGAACAAGAACAUUAUAGAUAUGCUAGUUACCGUAGACAAGAACUUGAGAAAAACAACCAGACGAGUGGGCGUGCUUACGUUGUAUCACAUAGUCAGAAUAGAUUAGAAGAAAAUGCAUUUGGGAGAUCACAAAGUCCCAGAAGCCGAUAUGUUGAACAAGAGUAUUAUAGAUCUUCUGGUUAUGGUAGACAAGAAAGUGAGAGAUUCAGUCAGACAAGUGCACAUGGUGAUGUUGUAUCACAUAGUCAGAAUAGAUUAGAAGAAAAUGAAUUUGGGAGAUUACGAAGUCCCAAAAGACGAUAUGAUGAACAGGAUCAUUAUAGAUCUACUGGUUAUGGUAGACAGGAAAGUGAUAAAUUCAGCCAGACAAGUGCACGUGCUGAUGUAUCACAUUGUCAGAACAGAUUAGAAGAAAAUGCAUUUGGGAGAUCGCAAAGCCCCAAAAGCCGAUAUUAUGAUCAAGAGUAUUAUAGAUCUGCUAGUUAUGGUAGACAAGAAAGUGAGAAAAACAGCCAAACAAUGGGACGAGCUGACAAUGGCUCGUGUAGCCCGCAUAGAUCACGAAUCAGAUUCACCGAGAGAAAAUAUGGUGGACGGAGGGAGCAAGCACGUGAUCCAUCUGAUAUCCAUUAUAGUGACAAAGAAUAUGAAAGGUUUCAUAGUUAUUACACUUCAAGGAAACUUUCACACAGAUCAUGUAGUCCGUUCAGCAGAUUUGGUCCACAAGAACGUGAUAUAUCUGAUACACAUUACGGAAGACAGGGUCCUAAGUUGUAUGAUGAUCGUAAGUCAGGGGAGCAUGUCUAUGACAGAACACGUAGCCCAUGUAGAAGAGUGGGUGAUGAAAUGCAGGGUAGGUUGCGCAAGAAUAAGGCUGGGGAAAUGAGACAUGACAGAUCACGAAUCCAGUUCAGUGGAUCAGAUGAAAGGGACUUCAGAACACACACACAACGUCGUUGGCCAGACAUAUUGGAAGAUGUGCCUCAUUAGAAAGAACUCGAUAAGCGUAGGUAAAUAGUUGAGUAAGACACAUGUACCUACUUAUUAUUAAGUACCUUUGGACAAAUGAGAGUUGAAGGAACAACAUAUUUUUUUAAAAAGAAAAGUUACCAAAGAGCAAAAUUAUUUAUUAGAACAUGUAUGACAUGUGGUAUUUAUGAUUUUGUAACUAAAACGUAAGGUAGAUAUUGAGAGUCAAAAUGCUUUUCUCCAUAUAAAGAAAUGAAGAUUUGAAGAGUCAGAGAAUUUGAAAUGAAAUUUGAUGAAAAAGUAUUGAAUAUAAAAAUGUGGUGUGAAGUUCAUUGUUUUUGUCCAUUAUACUGUAAUUAAUUUUCAUUUAAUACUUUAGUAUUGUAAUGGUAAUCAGGUGGAUUACAAAUGUGAUCCUUAUUUACCUGAUUAAGAAUAAAUACCAAUCUUAAAUACUUUGUGGAGGCAUUUUUUGAAUUUUUUAAAAUUAAAUGUUGUUGGAAACAACUGUAAAAACUUCCAAUUGGCGAGAGACCUGUGAAUUGUUUUAAUUUUUAUCUAUUUCCAACUAUUCAGUCACAAUAAAAUCACGAAUUGUCAUGAUGAGAAAGCUAGGAUCUUUUAGUCUGUACUAUUUGUAUUUUCUUCUUUCUUAUAAUCUUCAAAAUUAUAAUUUUGCCUCAACCAUCCUUUACUCGUUUCCUUGUUUUUCAUUUGUUUUCCACCCUUACUAGGUUCUUCUCACUUUUUAGGACCUUUAAACAUUUUGUAUGUAGAAUUUGUGAAUUUGUGUUCUCCAUCUAAGAAUGUUCUCUUUUGCAACAAAUUUUCUUCUUGCAAUGCUAGUUCAUAGCCUCUGCUUAUUUAACUUAAAAAUUCAUAUGAUUUUAUUUCUCUCUGUUCGAAUUGUAAACUGCUUACUUGUAAUCCCUGUACUUGAGCAAUAUCUUAGCAAUGAUUUGUACAAUCUUACUACUAUGCCAUUCACUUGCGAUUCUCCCUUUACCAGCCUAUUCAGAAAUAUUGAUUGAAAAGCUAGGCGCUCUACUGUAGACGUCAAGAAAAACAUCUGAAUGAUAUUAUAAACAUUGAUGACUUAUUAUUGUAUUUCAGCCUAAGCCUUUCCUGGCUAUAUUUCAGUGCUGCAUAUA